UCGGAUCGCUGGCACCACUACACAAGUCGGUCGGCGGCCCAGGGCGACGAGUCGAGGAGGCGUGCCCCAUCCUCGCGAUCUCCAGGAGCGCGGGAGAGGAAGGACUUGGCUUCGGUCACUCCGGGAAGGGCGGCGGCGCGGGUUCCGCGCGUCUGGGUUGCAAUCCGGGCUGCCGGAGGCUGCCCCAAGGCUGUGCGCAGCAUGCCUUCGCAAGAGUACGCCUACGACCCCACCUUAAAACGCGUCGUCUCCCAGGACAGGGUGGACAAGCAGAGGGACUGGCUCACGGCGACGACCGAGGGCCUGAGCCGCGCCGGCGCCGACGCCCUCGACGCCGCGGGCCAGUCGAUCAACCUCGCGCCGGCCGCGCACCGGCGCCACGAGUCGACGCCCGAGGUCCACGCCGACGACGAGGUCGAGGAGGACGACUACGCGCCCCUCUUCCCCGCGACGACGCAGGCGCUGGACGAGGCCGUCGUCGCGGUCGGCGACCGCGCGGCGCGGACGCGGCGCUGGCUCUUUCCCCCGAAGAAGCUCGACGAGCCGCCGCCGCCGCCCCAGUUAAAGCACGCGCAGCCGGCGUGGUGGCCGCCCUCGUCGCCGCGCGGGCUCCACGCCGCCGAGGCGCCCUCACCAGACCAGUCGUGGUGGUGGGAGCGGCGGGGCCUCGCCUAG